UGGAAGUGAACCCCCCACGCCACGCAGCUGGACAAUUCAAACAGGAUUCUGUUUUCUUCCUCUUUUUCUUCUUCGUCCUGCUCUCUUCUCUUUUCCCUGCCCCUGUGUGUAAAUGGGGUGGCUUCGUUUCAGUCCUGACCUGUUUUUCCACUCUGUCGUCACGUCACCUGUUGAGAUCUGAUAACCCGGAAGUGAGCGCUCUUGUUGUCACCUUAGGUAGGAACCUUACAGGUGAGAGGCAAACAGCUCGAGCUGGUGAAGUUCUUGGAAAAGAAACAGCAAAAGAGCGAAACUAAGUUAUUUACUCGACGUGAAGAUUAUUUUGUGGAACUUUAGCUUCAUAUUUUAGGCGGAAAUACGGGAGAGGACCGAGUGUGUGAAAGAAAACAGCGAAGAAACAUGGGACGCCUCGCUUCACUGCUUUUGCUUCUGUGCGCCGCGACAGGUGGAAACAGUUUUGAGGUCACAACUCAACCUGCAACUCUGAGAGUAAAAGAAAAUGAAGGUGUGGACAUGUCCUGCUCCUACACAGCAGACUUCGGUGCAGAUGUCAGGAUGGAGUGGAGAUUCGUAAACUCAAAAGGCUCAACACACUAUGUGUUGUUUGACAAAAAAAUAACAGAUACUUAUGCCAAUCGCGUAAAUAUAUUCAGUGACACAAAUUUGAGAUUCAGCAAAGUGACUCGUCAGGAUAACGGCGAGUAUUUCUGCGAUGUGUCCAGCUCCAGUAGCCCGACUAAGAAUUCCAAGGUGGUUCUGACUGUUCUGGUGCCGCCAUCUGUACCAAAGUGUGGAAUCCCCCAAACAGUGACAACGAAUUCACAAGUCAUCCUUACCUGCCAUGAUCCUGACAGUUCUCCACCACCAACAUACAACUGGUACAAAGGCACCACCCUCCUUCCUGUUGACCCGAGCAAGAAUGUUGCCUUCAAGAACGCCACCUACAAGCUGGAUUCGAAAACAGGAAUGCUGGUGUUUCCUUCUGUUACCAAGAUGGACACUGGGGAAUACUCCUGCGAGGUCAGCAACGAUGCCGGUCCUUCCCAGCGCUGCCAAAGUGUAAAAAUGGAAGUCCGUGACAUAAACACCGGAGGAAUUGUUGCCGGGGUAAUCUUUGGCCUUCUGUUGUUGGGCCUUUUGAUAGCCGGCCUUUGGUAUGCCAACAAGAAAGGAUAUCUUCCCAUGAAAAGUGAAAGCAGCAAGCAGCAAAAUGCGGCCUACAAGCCUCCAUCAAUGUAUGGUGGCGGUGGUGAUGAAGAAGAUGGGGAGUUCAAACAGAAGUCAUCGUUUGUGGUGUAGCAGGUGGCAAUCAGAAACCUCUGUUAAAUAUUUGUCUUUGUUAAUUUUUUUUUUUUUUUUUUUUUACUUGUGCUUUCAGUGCUGUUUUUAUGAACCAUCUUGAUUCCCCUCAGAUAAUAAUUUUGCUGUCACCCAUGUAAGAUUUUGCGAUUUUUAAGAAAGUGUUUUGUACAUUUAUAGUUUUAGAUUAAAUGUGGUUUGUAUCUGCUUUUUUUUUUUUGUCUGCCAGCAUGUUUCUGCUACUGAUUAAAGCUACUGUUUGUGUUCUUUUUAUCUUCCAGCUACUAAAUUAUUUUUUUCCAUUAGUAAUUUUCCUUUUAAACUAUCACCACGUACUGAUUAAAGAACAAAGGCUUGGAGUCUAUUUAAACUCACAAAUAAGCUGAACUCCCUUAGUACAUUUCCUGGCAAUUACUGUUUAAUACUGCUAAAUUAUAACAAUGUAGCUGUGCUGUUAGGGUUUUUGUAUUUUCAUCUCAACUUUUCUGCAACAAUACUUUUUAUUAGAGAUUUCUAUAGUAAUUACAAAACCUGCUUUGUGUUUAUAGCUAGAAAAUGUUCAUUAGUUUGUCCUGUGGUUUAAUUAUCUCACUUUUAAUUUUUGACCAUUGUGUAUAUGGAUCACGGUUUAACCUAAAGCUGUCACUUAAAUUGAACAUUUAUAUUUCAUUAUUUUCUAUCUGUGGAAACUGAAAUUACAAUGUUUUGCUUUAAUACUACUCAGGUUUUGAAGUAAAAGUGAUCUGAAGGCAGUCAACACACAACAGUCAAUAUUUGUAUAGGGGAACAGUUUGUUUUUGUUUGUUUUUUAUUUAGAUAUUUUGCAAUUAUCGAUUUGUCUGUUUAUGAAUAAAAUAAAAGUUAAUAAAUUGUCAUCUGGUUUA